AUGACUGUCUGUCAGUCAGAGAAGAAAAUGGACCUGACAUUUUGUGGUGGAGACUGUACCAGCUUUAGCAGCUGUUGGCAGGCCACUUGCUCAAGUAAUCGCACAGUGAAUCUUGGUUGCGUAAACGGAGACAUAGUGACCUACACGUACAUCCAUGUUGAGGAGUGUAUUGAACUUCCGAAAAAGUACCAAAGCCAGACCUGUGGACUUUGUGGAAACUUCAACGGCAACACGACUGAUGAUUCAUUUGACAACGGUUUGGCCACAUGGAAAGUGUUACCAACUGAAUCCUGUGAGGUCUUAAUUCAUCCUAAUGAUCAGUGCAAAAACCAGACAAACAUUUGCCAGCAGCAUCUCAGCAGGCCGGGGUUUAGUGACUGCUACAGGGUGAUGGACAUGAGUUCAUUUGAAAAAGCCUGCGAAGACGAUCUGUGUCAGUGUUACGGCAAUGACGACUGUCUCUGCAACACGCUCACAGAGAUUUCACGACUGUGCACACAUGCUGGAGGAGAACCAGGAACAUGGAGGACAGAACAGCUCUGUCCAAAGACAUGUCCUCUGAACAUGCAAUACCUGGAGUGUGGGAAUCCGUGCAAGAACACCUGCUCAGGUCCAGAUGCAAGUGUACUGUGUAAAGAACACUGUGUGGACGGCUGUUUCUGCCCUCUUGGUACGGUUGAGGAUGACAUUGGUCACAGUGGUUGUAUUCCUGUGAACAAAUGCCUUUGUGUGCACAACGGCACAGUAUAUCAAUCAGGAGAGUCUUACAAACAAACUUGCAAAAAAUGUGUGUGCGCCGCUGGACACUGGACUUGUACAUACCUGGAAUGUCCUGGAAUCUGCUCUGUUGUUGGAGGGUCUCACAUCACCACUUAUGAUGGAAAGACCUUCACCUUCAGCGGCAACUGUGACUACAUCCUCACUAAGCGCUCUAAUGACAGUGAUAUUGCUGUCAUGGGAAACCUGGCAAAGUGUGAUCAGACCCGAUCAGACACAUGUCUAAAUUCAGUUACCCUUGUCAUCCCAGGGACCACUAUUCGUUUUUCCUCCAAUGGUGUUGUGACACUGAAUGAAGCUGGUCCAUAUAAGCUUCCUGCUACCACAGGUCCUGUGAGCAUUUUUAAGCCAUCUUCCUCCUUCAUCAUUGCUGAUAUGAAGAGUCUUCGUCUAGAAAUCCAGUUGGCUCCAGUUAUGCAGUUGUAUAUUGUUGCCAACCCUGACGAGAAAGGAAAGAUGAGCGGUCUAUGUGGCAACUAUAAUGAUGUCCAAUUAGAUGACUUCAAAAUAGAGUCGGGCAUCACCGAGGGCACACCAAUAACCUUUGUCAACUUUUGGAAAAACCAAAACCGUUGUCUAAAUCUUGAAAACACAUUUGACAACCCCUGUAGCCUGCAUUCGGAGAUAGAGAAAGUAGCUAAAAACUGGUGUUCCCGUCUUACAAAACCAAAAGGAGUUUUUUCCGCAUGUCAUUCAGAAAUAUCUCCUGAGAUUUACUACCAAUGGUGUGUCUAUGACACCUGCAAAUGUGCAGAUAUUAGGAAGUGUAUGUGUGCGGCUGUGUCCAACUAUGCCCACGCCUGUGCUGCCAGAGGAGUCAUUCUCCAGGGCUGGAUGGAUUCAAUCACCUGUGUGACUAAGUGUCCAGGCAACAUGAAGUACUCCUACAGCGUGACCAGCUGUGGCAGCACAUGCCGCUCUCUUAGUGGACAAGAUAGCACCUGCCAAGGGUCCUUCACACCUGUAGAUGGUUGUGUAUGUCCUGAGGACACCUACCUCAAUAAUGACGGCAGCUGUGUGACUGCUGACCAGUGUUCUUGUUACAGUGGCAACCAGGUCAUAAAACCAUCAGGAAUAAUCUACAAUAAUGGUGUUAAAUGCACCUGUAACCUUGGCAAAUUACACUGCUCCAGCCAAGAAGACUGUGUGAAUCCAAUGGUCUUCUUCAACUGCUCAAAACAUGAACACGGACACAAAGGGACGGAGUGUCAGAGGACAUGUGAGAAACAAGACCCCAACAACUGCGUGAGUACAGGGUGUGUAUCAGGGUGUAUGUGUCAAAAUGACCUUAUAGUUGAUGGGGAAGGUAGGUGUGUGGAGAGGACAAACUGCACAUGCGUUCACAAUGGGCUCAUCUAUUCACCUGGAAAACAAGUUCAAGAGGACUGUAACACCUGCACAUGCACAAAUGGGAUGUGGACUUGUACUGAAAAGACAUGCUAUGGCACCUGUACCAUCUAUGGUGAAGGUCAUUUUAGGACUUUUGAUGGCAGGAGAUACUCCCUCUACAGAGAAUGUGAACACACCAUAGCCCGUGAUAAUUGCAAUAUGGACCAGACUCUCUCCUUCAGCAUUGUCACACAGAACAAAUUCUGUGAGACCACCAGCACCAUCUGCAAGUCUAUCAGUCUCAAAUUCGGGAGAUAUGAGAUUCAUUUUUCCGAGGAUGAAGUCAAAGUUAUUGGCAAUGACACUGAUUACCAAUAUCAGAUUCAUACUGCAGGGAUAUAUAUUGUCACAGCGGUCAAAGGUCUUUUGAACUUAAUCUGGGACAAUAAAACAAGUUUGAUGCUCCAACUUGAUCCCAAAUUUAAGGGCAAGGUGUGUGGACUGUGUGGAAACUUUGAUGGUAAUGCGAACAAUGACUUUAUGAAGCACAAUGGAGAAGUGGUGACGGAUCCAGCAGAUUUUGGGAAUAGCUGGAAGGUGAAUCCUGACUGCCCAGAUUUGACAAACAUGAUAGACUUUUGUAAAGAAAGUCCACAUCGGCUUGUCUGGGCUGAAAAACGAUGCAGCAUCAUAACAAGUGAUGUCUUUAAAGUUUGCCACACACUUGUGGAUUCUGGACUAUACUAUGAUGCCUGUGUAAAGGACACCUGUGCAUGUGACACUGGGGGUGACUGUGAUUGUUUCUGUACUGCAGUGGCAGCUUACGCUGCUGAAUGCCGUAAAAAAGAAGCUUGUGUGGCAUGGCGAAGCCCAAGCAUAUGCCCCUUAUUCUGUGACUACUACAACCCUCCGGGAAAAUGUGAGUGGCACUAUAAAUCCUGUGGACAACCCUGCCUGAAAACCUGCAAAAACCCCUCAGGAACUUGCUCUGAUCAAAUUCCUCUACUUGAAGGAUGUUUUCCUCAGUGCCCUCCAGACACUCCAUAUCUAUUGGAUGAAACCAUGACUUGUACAACUACCACGACUACUGUAACACCACCAUCUACAACAACAGGAACAUCUACUGCUAGCUCUAAAACAACUACAGUGUCAAUCACAACUCCUACAAUACCUACUACCACUACUACUGUAACACCACCAUCUACAACAACAGGAACAUCUACUGCUAGCUCUACAACUACUACAGUGUCAACCACAACUCCCACAACUACUACCACUACUACUGUAACACCACCAUCUACAACAACAGGAACAUCUACUGCUAGCGCUACAACUACUACAGUGUCAACCACGACUCCUACAACAACUACCACUACUACUGUAACACCACCAUCUACAACAACAGAAACAUCUACUGCUAGCUUUACAACAACUACAGUGUCAACCCCAACUCCUACAACUACUACCACGACAACUGUAACACCACCAUCUACAACAAAAGAAACAUCUACUGCUAGCUUUACAACAACUACAGUGUCAACCCCAACUCCUACAACUACUACCACGACAACUGUAACACCACCAUCUACAACAACAGGAACAUCUACUGCUAGCGCUACAACUACUACAGUGUCAACCACGACUCCUACAACAACUACCACGACUACUGUAACACCACCAUCUACAACAACAGGAACAUCUACUGCUAGCGCUACAACUACUACAGUGUCAACCACGACUCCUACAACAACUACCACGACUACUGUAACACCACCAUCUACAACAACAGGAACAUCUACUGCUAGCGCUACAACUACUACAGUGUCAACCACGACUCCUACAACAACUACCACGACUACUGUAACACCACCAUCUACAACAACAGGAACAUCUACUGCUAGCUCUACAACAACUACAGUGUCAACCACAACUCCUACAACAAUUAGCACAACUAUAACACCACCAUCUACAACAACAGAAACAUCUAUGUCUACCAAAUGUUUCUGCAUAUAUGAAAAUGUAAACUACCCAGUGGGGUCAACAAUCAGCCCUCUAGAGGAUGAGUGCUAUACUGCUUAUUGCAACUCCUCUUGUUAUAUUGUAAAAAAGAAUCGAUCUGACAACCACACGACAGACGCAUGCACUGUGUUAACAUGCAAAAAUGGAAAACUCACCCCGGAACCUGUAUAUUGUGAACCAAUAACUACAAACCAUAAAUGUGACAACGGGUUUGAUCCUGUGAAGGUGUAUUAUAACAAUGGCUGCUGCUAUAAGUAUGAGUGUGAAUGUUUGUGCAUGACCUGGGGUGACCCUCAUUACAGAACCUUUGAUGGACAAUACUAUGCUUUCCAAGGAAACUGCACUUAUGUUUUGUUCCAAGAAAUCAUCCCAAGAUACAAUAUCAGUGUCCAUGUUAAAAACUACUAUUGUGAUGUUACAGACCUUCUUGCUUGCCCUGAGUAUGUGAUUGUGUAUUACAAAUCCUACAAAAUCAAGCUGACCAGCAAUAAUGAAGUGAUCCAUGUCUAUGUUAAUGAUGAAGAGAAAAACCCAACAUAUGUAAUCGAUAAUAUCAUCAUCUCUACUACUGGCAUGACAGUGACUCUGAAUAUCCCUGAUAUCAAAACUGAGAUUACAGUCGGAGAUUUAGAUGUCAAAAUCAGACUCCCAUUCUCCUACUUCCAUGAUAAUACACAAGGACAGUGUGGGUAUUGUGACAACAACACCAGAAAUGACUGCAGACUUCCUAAUGGAACAAUCGACAAUUCAUGUGAGCACAUGGCACAAUUUUGGAUGGUCCCCCCAGGAUGUGAAUUUUCUCCACCUCCUCCUGCACCUCCUUCUCCAUCUAGCCCUCCAAACAUUACUGUCUGUGAAAUCAUAACGAGCAAUUCGUUUAAAAGCUGCCAUAAUGCCGUUCCCUAUCAGGACCAUUAUAAGGCAUGUGUAUAUGAUGUAUCAAGAAUGGGAAAUGAGUCUGUUGCCUGUGCUAGUGUGGAGGCCUAUGCACAGCUAUGUGGUCAAAAGUCUAUCUGUGUGGACUGGAGAAGCUCACCUGUCCUCAAAGGGCUAUGUGAAUUCAAGUGUCCCAGUCACAAAAUCUACAAGGCAUGUGGACCUAAAGUGGAAAAAUCCUGCAGUACAUCGUACAAUGAUAUGUAUGCAGAGAAAGAAUGUCACAGGAUUGAUUGUAACCAAAUGAUAACGGAAGGUUGUUAUUGUCCUGAUGGCCAAUAUCGGGUUAAUAUGACAUCAAAUAUGUGUACAUCUUACUGCGAUUGCAUUGGCCCUGAUGAUUCACCUAGAAAGCCUGGGGACACAUGGACAGUUGAUUGUAACAUAUAUAAUUGCACUACUUCUGGCAUUCCUUUGAAAAAGCCUGUAAAGUGUCUAACUGAAAUCCCCUGUGCUGACGGAUACAAUAGAACUGUUAAAAACUGCUGUCCAACUUGUGUUUGCGAUCUUGAGCAAUGUCUUAUGAAGAAAUGUGAUGUGGGAUUUGAAUUAGCAUUAAAUAUAACUGAAGACCGUUGCUGUUCCUGUGUGCCUAAAAAUGUCUGUGUGUACAAUAACACUGAGUACAAGGUUGGAGAAGUCCACAUUUACAAAUGUGGAAAUGUUACCUGUCGUGAAAUUGAUGGCUCACUCGUGACUGAGAAGAGCUCUGAGAAGUGCACUUACUCAAGUUCACAUGACUGUAAUCCUGUUCACAAGGCGUACAAGUUUAAAUGUACAACUGGUGAAACCAGAAACUGUGUUGGUGUGAUGAACAUCAGCAGCAACUGUGUUCUUGAGAAGAGCAACACCCGUCUGCAUGUCAAUGGUUGCACUUCCAUCGAGGAUGUAGAAGUUACAUCCUGCACUGGCCACUGUGACAGUACAUCGAUGUGA